AUGCGAGCCCGGAGCCGUCUCGACAAGGUUUUACGGCGGGGCAGUGCGGUCCCCCAGUCUGCUGCGGCCCCUCACCACAACACCUUGUACACGGCGAGCCCUUCUGAGGCAAUAGAACUACACCCCGCCAUCCUACCAGACUGCGUGCACGUGGAUGCUCGCGCUUCGCUCUCUGUCGCCGAAUUCCACCUCUCCCUCCAUUCAGAUCGCCCAGCUCUUUUCUUCACCUGAUGAACCAAACAAAGAUUCAGAACCGCUAACCUGA